GGAUGCAAGGGAGCUCACUAGUCUUCUACCGUGAAGGCUUGCAUAAGGACCGUGGACCGUGGGGACGCGCAUCACACAAGGAGGUCUGUGUGGGGCAAGAAAGAUACAGCUAAGAUCGACCCGAGUUCUCUGACCGGAGCAAGUCAUUGGUUCUUGAGACAAGACUAAAACACUUAAACUAUGUGAGAAACUUUAGCGUGCGGUUUUCCAGUUAAUUUGGAUAACUAUGGUUUGCUACAGACAUUGGUCUCCAAGCUGAGGUUUCAUUAAGCAUCCGAUUGUGCAGGGCUUUACUCUCAACGUGAUGGAUACAAAUGCAUUCGCAGUGUUUAAACUUUUUAUGAUUGGAGUAUUGGUGAACAGCUGGACGGCCAGGGGCUUGACAGCCACAGACAACCUGAACGCAGAGCUGCCCCCUCAUAGGUCCAUGGUGCCAUUGUGCAACGAGACCCACCUGCUGUGGAAUAUGGAGGUGGUGUGAGAAGGCUUCAAGAGGGAGAUGACCCACAUAGACCCCCAGUAUUGGUGCAACCUUACACACUUCAUCAGUCAGUACCACGUGUUCACGUUGUGUACGGAGAGCAACGCAGUCAAGAUCAACUGCUUCUGGCCCAACCCUCUGGCCGAGAGUUACAUCAUCCGCAUCCACAAGCACUUCUUCUCCAACUGCACCAUGGAAAGGAUCAUCUGGGUGGACCCCCCGGACGACACCCUCACCAUCCUCAUCCUAAUCCCAGUCUUCCUCACGCUGGCUAUGAUCGCCCUGGUGGUGUGGUGUAGCAAGCGCAGUGACAUCAUGGCCUGAUGGAGGAGGAGGAAGGGGAGGGGGAGGAGGAAGGGGAGGGGGA